GUCAGCGCCAUUUUUGAACCAUCCGAGCCAUUCCAGCUGCUGUCUUCCGCUCCGCUGUACGAUGCCUUUCGCUAUCGCCGUUUUGACGAGCGCCUAGGAGGCGUGCGGAAGGAUGCCCGUCAAGCGCACGUCGCGGUUCCACACUGCCUCGUACCGGUGUCUGAGCUGGCUGUGCAACACGUUAAAUAUCCUCGAGUGUCCAGUGCCUGGUGCCCUGGUGGCGCCCCCCGGGGAGCAGAAUACCCCGGUCGACUUGCCAAGUCUCCUCUCCCACCUCGACCGUCCCUCCAAGCGCAAGGGCAUUACACUCAGGGCCUUCAAGAGCAUGGUCCUGGGCGUUGGCGAACUCCCGGUGGCACCGUCGGUGUCCCCCCCCACGCCCCCCUGCAUCACUAACAGCAGGGAGGUGUCUGCCCUCCGCGAGGAGGUGUCGCAGCUCAGGGUGCGGCUGGAGGAAUUAAUUGCCUGCCAGAGAGCGGCCCUGGCACAAGCCGUUUUUUCCUCGGCCACCCGUCCCCUCGUGCUUCCGGCCCUUCCGUCGGAAUCUGUGGCCCCGCCACCGCCACCGCCCCCACCCCCUCCUCCACCCACGGCAACUUGCGGCUUCAAGGUGGUUCCCAGAUCCUCAAAGAGCAUUGGGGGACCACCUGGUUUGAAGACCCAGGAGCAGCUGUACCACGAAAUGCUUAAGGGCCUGGGGACGGUCAAACUAAGAAAGAUCAAAAAGUCUCCGAGCGGUACGCCGCUACGUGCAGAGCCCUUUACCCCGACGCUACCCUGUGACUCGACGGGCCGGCUCACAGUGGCCCUCAAGCAGCGCUUCCUCGCCAUCCAUCCCGUGGAGGCAGGUUCCCCUGCAGACAGCUCCCCUGAGCGCUGGAGUCCCACUUCCCCAGAUGUGGCAAGAAACUCCAGGUGCAGGGUGUCUCCUCGAAAGCGCCACCCCAGCCAGCGCAGCCUCGAGAUGACUACCAUGCCCUCACCCGUCCAAGGUGUCUGCGGCUGACAUUGUCACCUCAUCCGACUGUACAAAGCACCAUAAAAUUGCCUUCUUCGUUGCGGACCUGUUCGUGGUUGUGUUGUAUUCUGGUUUUAAAUACUUUCUACUGCUCGGUAUCCGAGUCCACCCGCUGCCAGCGCUACGAUCUAAUUGCGCCGUCGAGCGGCUUUGAGAGGGGUCCCUAUCGUUUCGAGGACAACUCUUCAUGGAUACACGUUCCAUGGACACACGUUUCAUUCACACAAACGUUUCAUCAUGCGUGUAUUGCUGGGAUGCACAUUAACCCACGCCCCACCUGCGUUCACGCUGCUUUGCGGUGACAGUCUGUGACGGCUCAUUACAAAAAUGUUGACCCACCUCAUUGGCCCAUACACGCCACUUUGCGGCGUCGGUCUCGUGCAACUUAUUACAGAAAAAAGGUAAUCUGAGCUGCCAAUGAAACGAUUUGUCAAUGAAACAUUGCAUGUCCAAGCACUCUGUCUAUGAAACAUCGUCCGAUGAACUGAUUGCCACCGCUCCGAGAGUGCGUCGCCGCACCACUGGUGGUCUUUGUUCGUUUGCUAUCACCGACCUAACCAAUCGCUCGCAGUCACUGCAGCGUGAUCCUGUGCUUACACGCAGAGAGGACUAGCGCCGUGGCGGAUUGCUUUUGGCACUGAUUGAUGGUCUCCAUCGAAUCAGUGUCGACUGUGGUUGGACUUGAAGUCAAACGAUGUAGAGGUUUAAUGUUUUGUUUGUACAUAAAUCGACAAGCAUGUGUCUCCUUUUAGAGCCUAGUUUUAUUAUGUUUAAUGGACCAAUCUCACCAGCCAGUUUGGGUACGCCACCCCUGCCACGAUGCACCCAGGAAAGUGUCUUUUCGCUUGUGCAAUCUCCUUGCUGGAGCUCUGCGCGUGCAGAACAUCAGACGAACGAGCUGUCUCGUGCAGUGCCGCCUGCGAACUAAAGUUAUGGUGGGGUCACGUGUGCGCCAAACGCUUGGUGAGUUCGAUCUGUGCGGAGAGCUAGUCGUCUGCUUCCAAUUGCGCAGGAGUUGGGUUACGUCAGAACUACGCCGAGCUGUGAUUGACUUUGAUUGAAAGGAUAGUGGGUAGACCUGCUGAAUGCUAGGUUCCCUACCCUUUAGUAGAUCGUUCCGAUACUCCCGAUGACGAUACGAGGCAUGAGCUAAAGCUGCGGCGUAGUAUCGGGUGUCGUUAUCGGAGUCAUCGGAAUGAUCUACUAAAACUCUCCUCGGCGUUCUGACAUUAUUGCAACCCCUCUGCGAGAAACAGACCAACUUACGCUCCGCAUUGGCUGCGUUAGACGCGCUGAAGCCAGCGCAUCAUGUAGGCAUUCAAGUGUCAGAUAUUGUUUUUGUAACUAAAGCUUGUAUGCUGUCGUUCUACGUGAGUGACGAAAUAAAUUGGGCUGCUCAAUCUAAA